CGCUUACUGUGAACGAUAGCCUUAAUAAUACAACUUUUGACACAAGUGGAACUAGCGCCGAGUAUGAUAACGAAACGGCUGAUGUGAGCGAUUCGAUUGAGUCCAACACCACUAUUUCGGCCGCAGUAACUCCAACCACAAGUACUGGUGUCAGCGCCAAUACAAGCAUAAGCACACGUGCGAAUGCUUCAUUGCUGGCAAAUACCUCGUUUUCCACAUCCUCAACAGCACCCACUGAGGCGGCCGUUUCACCGCAAUCCAAUUCCAAUUUGAGUGCUUGUUCAUCCUCAAAUUCAGCCUACGUCUCGGCCGGUUCCACAGCAUCUGCUUCGACGUCGAUGCCGUUGCCGUUGCGUGCAGGUCACGAUCGGCAGGAACUUACAGUGCCCACAGCAGCUGCUAUACCCCCAUCCACCAUCACAUCAGCUGCUGCAUUCACCGCUGCCACAACGACAGCCUCCGAAAAUAUUGCUGGCACGUCAGUGGCGUCGAAUACAGUCGUAGCUCCGCCAUUGCUGCAACAUAAACCAUUUACGCUUAUGCAGCAUCAACAACUACAAACACCUUCAGCUCCCGCGGUCGUGGCACAUCCCAACUUCAGCGCUUAUUUGCAACACCCGCUUGGCGGUGCCACCAGUAUAGCAGGCAUUUCAAAGCCUUCAGCUACAAGCGUGCCAGUUGGCAUUGGCGGCAGCAGCAAUAUUAACGGUGUUACAGCAGCGCUUGCACCCCCUUUGUUUCUUUCGCAGGCGAGCGUACCAAAACAUACUUUUGGGUCAUGCGCUCUUCUACCGCCUCCCACUUUUGCGCGCAAUCUGACCGUUAGUGGUCAUAUGUNUGCGCUGAAUGCACAUGUCAGUACAACGACACCUUUGACGGUUGGAACAGCAACAGCAAUGUCUAGCAGUGGUGCCGGCUGCAGUAGCACUGUAAUGGCCAAAAAGGGGACUGAUCUUAUGAAUUGA